AAGAGGUCGGGGGGACCUCUGCCGCUCGUGGCAUGGAAGAGGUGACCUCCAAGGCUGUUGAUGCCGACGCAGUCGACCUGACUGGGAGUCCUCCGCUCGGGGAGGCUCCUCAAAUGGCUGCUAUGGAGACGACCGCCGAGGCGAGCAAGGCUGUCGAGGUCCUGGAGACUCCGAGCUCUGAGGAGCCAGGAGCGGGUGUCUUCGGUGCAGAGCAGGGGACGUCUGCUGCCACUUCUGCUACCACCAAGGUUCGGGGCGAGGGGCCAAGUUCUGAGGUCCCAACAUCUACGCCCGCAGCUUCUGCGCCGUCGUCAGGUCCAUCACAGGGGGCCUCUCGGAGUUGAUACAUUGCCCCCCGCUUUGGGAAGGACCGCUCUGAUGUGCAAUUGGACCAUGUGAGUGCCUCGGCUGACAUGGAUUCGCUAUGGAGCGCGGGCGUGACCGCCGAGAAGUUCUUUCCCAAGGGUUCGCUAUGCUCGGAGGAUUAGGAGAUGAUCGAAGAGGUUGGGCCCGUGGAAAGCUUUGACGUUGCUCAGGUCCUUCUGCAGAGGGCUAUGGCCAUUGUGGACAACUGGAAGCAUAGGUGGUCCAAGCAGCAGGAGGACCUGGUUAGACUGAGGGGCCGAGUUCAACCC